AUGGAUCAUUUUGAUUGGCUACUCCGGCAAGGGGCUACUCCUAGUCUUAACACAGGACCUAGCAAAGACCAUUCAGGUAGAAAAUUGUAACAGCCUCCAAAUCAAUUUUUGUUGUUGUUGUUGUUGUUUUGUUCUUUUGUUGUUGUUGUUUUUUUCAAUAUCAUGAAACAAAAAUACGAUCGUGGCACCAUUCAAAUCUGUGACCAGACCACUCUUUCAGAGGAGACGCUGGAUACCGAUUGACGUCGGAUGCCUAUAUGUAAAGUUAACGGUCAAACUAAAUUUUUGUUUUCAGGAAAUGGCUCAUACAUUUACAUCGAAACGUCACUUCCACGUAGGUAUCACGAGAGGGCCAAGUUAUACAGUCCUUGGAUGAGAGGCAACCAGCGGUUAACGUUUUUCUACUCCAUGUACGGCAGCGCCGUUGAGACUCUGUCUGUCUAUAUUAGAGAUCAGGCGGGAAAAGAAUUUAGGGUAUGGAGCCGUCAUGGAGGAAAACUUUCCAGCAGCUGGACUGAGGGCUGUACGACCUUGAAUUACACCGGAAGCUACCAGGUAGCGAGGCAAAUCUCAGUCAAUACACUAUACCAUGCACUAUGGGAAAAAAUAUCCUCGAAGAUCAAAGAUAAUUUAUUUUUGGAGUGCUGUUGCAUGUUAUUUGACCAUCCCAUUUAUAGUCACCUAUGAGCCCCAAUUUUUGCUUUACCACUUCGUAACAAAUCAUUCGUAUAAGCAUCAAGCAAGUUUAUUGGCAUCCGUAUCUCUCAAGAAAUAUAAAUGUCUUAAUCUGUUUCCUUGUUCUACUGAAUCGCUAAAUAAACCAGUCAAUCACUCUUGUAAAUCGUUGCUCUGACAAUGCUUACAUCAUUUCUUUUCAGGUCAUAAUUGAGGGUAUGGCAGGCGCAAGUUUUACAGCUGAUAUUGCCAUUGAUGAUAUUAGUUUCAGCACAAAUUUAACGUGCGUCUCUCCUGAGAAUAUACUGCCAGCUGGGGCAUUUGAAGGUACAGUUAGAAGAUAAAUGUCAAGCACAUUCUUACAACUGGAGAAAGCGAAUAUUUUUUAGCAAAUUUAUAUAUACGGAGGGAAUUAGUUUAUCUUUAGUAGACAAAAUACCUUUGUUUUCAAAGCAUCAGGUAUAUACGGGGACACACGGAGGUUAGCACUUAGGACUUCGGGGAGCAAGCCCCGGGCCGACUGCAAUAUUGUAUCGUGGUUCGGCCAAAAGACAUAAUCUCGUAGCAUUAAUAUGUGUUUCGGCAAGUUGUCGGAGAACUUAACGAAUUUAUGAGGCAGGUCAGUAUGUAGUUCCCCUACUUAAGCAGUAAUAAGCUUGGGAAUGAUGGACCUUGGUACGGACCCUUUUCCUCGUAAGCCGACUCUAUCGCAUUGACUAUGAAGGAAAAAGAUAAACUGACAGUAUGUCAGUGAAGCCUGAAAAAAUCAAGACGCUUGACCUGUGUUUGAAUAGAAUCCCAUACAGAGAGAGUGAAGCCACUUGCAUUCGCUUCAAUAGGCCUUAUUGGUGUAAGUCACCCGGCAAGAUGUAACCGUUCUUAAUUUCUGGUUAUGCAAAUAAUGUUCCAUUUUAUUGUUUAGUGAAUUUCUCCGUUCUACUUAACCGUUUGAAAUUCUAGUGAACUGUACUUUUGAUGAGGGUUUCUGCGGAUGGCGCAACUUGAAUUUCACCGUAGACCAAAUGGAUUGGGUACUAAGAAGACAUGGAACACCAAGCCAUGGGACUGGACCGAACGAAGACCACACAGGUUGGUACUUGAUCGCAAACGAUUUCUAGUGAAGGUAAAAAAGCCGCUUAUGUCUCAUUACUGUGUUCUCUGAAUCAGCACGCGUUUAUUCGCCUGAUUACAUGAUUUUUAUGCACAGUAGAGGAUGUGCAGUUCAAUACUGAGGAAUAAACUUAAGUUUAAAGCUAAGCAAAGCGUUUCUGUUGUAACUAAACUACAGUGAUUUCCUUCAUUUUCUUUUCGUUACUUUUUUUCUUCGCCGGUCGCGUUCUUGUCUAGCAGAGCAUGGAUCAUAAUAGCUGCUUAUCAGUAAUUAUUCGCACAUAUCUUUACAGGAGGUGGAAAAUAUAUCCACAUCGAAGCGUCACACCCGGCAAAACAACAUCAGUUUGCAGAACUGCUGAGUCCGUUCAUCUGGGGACCAAAAUGUUUACACUUCUUUUAUCACAUGUAUGGAUUACAUAUGGGAAGACUUGAUGUAUUGGUGAGGGCUGCGGGUCAACCACAAAGUUAUCUGACUUGGCAAAGGACUGGAAACCAAGGCAACCAGUGGAGAAAGGCCGUUGUCGAUAUACCUAAUGUGGACGAGUUUCAGGUAGGAUUUAUCUUAUCGAUUCCAUAGGGUGACGAACUCCGGCGUAAUGAGUCUGUCAACAAAGAUUCUUUCCUCUGGCACCUUACAUCCCACGGCCUCCUCUUCCCUUGAAAGCACUCGAUGAUCCUGGAUAAGUUUUUGAUACCCAUCCACGGAGCCUAAGAAGAAAAAACAUAGACCAGAAUCCGACUGAGGUCAACCCAAAUUUUCCUACAAUCUGGGCCGGGUUUGUUAGAUAGUUAGUAAGUUAGAUAUCGGAGCUAAAACUUCGAAUUGGAAGCGAACUAGAAGAAGAGAAAGAAGUAUUGAAAGGGCAAUAAAUUUGCAAACUGGAGAACUUCGUCCGAAAUAUAAAGAAAUACAUAUAUCGUACCGACGUUUCCAAACCUAUUUCAAUGUUUACGAUAGUGCUGAUGUUCUGAGCUUUAGCGUAGAAAUGAUUGUUUGUUGGAGUUCUCGCAGAAACAAGUGUCCAGACAAUUUUAAGUGAUAAUUACACCGAAGAAAGUAAAAUACCAAUAAGUAUAAAUUGCAAUGGUUUACGCGGCGAAAAAUUUCAGGAAUAUCAAUGACAAAAUUUUUGCAGGUAGCGCUACGAGGAGUCGUUGGCCCUAAUUACCAGGGGGACGUGGCAGUCGAUGAUGUGAUAUUGACGGAUGGAACGUGUGCAAAUCGAACCGAAACGUCAGGCGAACAGUUAGGUAUUUUACAACAGUAACUGCACGUUACAGCUGUACUUUACUACUGUUUCGUAAUAUCAUGUGGCCCUACUUAGCUGACUUCUUUGGUGAAUAUCAGUGGUAGCUUUGAGCAUUCACAUCAUAUUUCCAUAAUUUUUCGAUUACAGACAUUGUUCUCCAUAAUGCCUUCUUGUGCAUUUGAUUAUCAAUUGAGAUCAAACUGAUGCCAAAAUAAUGAAAUAAGGAAGAUUUCAUUUUCUUAAUUGAGUAUUGUUGUUCCUUUUGUUUGUUUAUUAGUUUUUAAUUUUCUUCACCACUUUUUAGUUCACCAUUGGACAAAUGUAUAAUACAAAAAUUUACCACGAUUGAUCUUUUCCUUCGUUCUCUUUCUAGGAAAUUGCAACUUUGAUUCCCAUUUUUGCUUUUGGAAGCCAGAUACCAAAGCAGAUUUUCAAUGGUCAAUCGGAAGAUUUACUCCGAGUGUUAAUACUGGGCCAAGAGCUGAUCAUACAUCAGGUAAUUUCUUGUUAGGAUUUUACUUUGGACACACUAGAGAACUAGUCUGAGAUGACAUUAUGUAUAAAUCUGUUAAAUGAGAGGCAAAAAAACAGCUAAACGUCAAGGUAAAAUAACAUCUCGAGCUGCAAUGCCCCUAAGUUGUCGAAUAUUGACAUUUCGCCUGCUAUUUUCAUCACUUUUUUCCUACUCUAUGUUUUUACUUCUACCGACUGACACAUGUAUCAGCUCACCUCGAACUGAGCUAAAGAACUAUGCCAACACUGCUUUCUUGAGGCUACUAUAGGUAACCCCAUUAUAAAAGUGCACAUUUCGAGGGUGAAUGCGAACACAGACGGUAAAUAAUGAAUUUGAAGAGGUUCCUGCUUGAAGAGAAUAUUGGAGGAAGUUCCUGACGAAGAAAAAGGGUUUUGAGUGACAAGAGACAAGAUGGAUUUUGUACCUUAGAAACUGUAUCUUUUUCAUUAUUUCUAUUAGCUCUAUUUCAUUAGCACUUUACAGAAACUAUGUUUGCUCUCCGCGUGAUCCCUUUUUUCGAUUUUGAAACGUAAAGAUUUUACAAGAAGACGAAAAGGAAACUAUAUCUGAGAGAAUGAUGUUGUAAAACGCGUCACGAUGUCAUCAGAUGCUUUAACAUCAUCUUAUUUCCAAAAAUAGGAUUUGGAAAGUUCCUUUAUAUCGAGGCUUCCGCUCCUAGAAGCCGUGGAGACACAGCGAGGCUUGAGAGUCCGUGGAUGCUGGGACCACAGUGCAUGACAUUUUAUUAUCACAUGUUUGGCUCCACUAUGAGCUGUGUUGUUAUCUACGUACGGAACCAAAAUGAAAACAGGAUUAAACCGGUUUGGCUUAAGUCCGAGAAUAAAGGAGAUCAAUGGAUACGCGAGCAAGUUAGUCUCAACGGGACAGGACAGUAUAAAGUAGGUUAUGUUGCUAUGAUUUUACAUCCACGCAAUAUUAACUCUAUAAAGAUCGUGAACAAUUCUUAACAUUUUGCUUUUCUCUUGCUGCGUAAGUUUAAGGAUUUUAUACGACAAAAUUUAGAUUGACAAUUACUUUUUUAAUAUUUUUAAACAGUAAAGCUUCAUUGAUAAAAGUCAUCGAUAUUAGUUUUCCGUCCAGUCUAACUUGUUAAAUAUUUCUUUAUUAAACAUAGUGAACCAAUUCUCUACCAUGAUUGUCUCUAUCGAUGACCUACCCUGUUAGACUGAUAGUUUUCAGAAGUGCCGGUAGGUACAGUUGUUUAUCUCUUUGUAGGUAGUCAUAGAUGGUAUCAGAGGCAGAAGUUACUCCGGAGAUGCAGCACUUGACGACCUCACAUUCCAAAGGGGAACUUGUUUCCAAAGAGGUACAUCUCUCUUCCAUCUAGAUAAUUCGCCACUUCAGUUUCGGUUUUGUACUUUUUGCAUGGUCCUGUAUUAUAUUUUCUUUACUUACCUCUCUCAUCUCCAGAAUCAAAAACCUUCUACGUUUCUUCGAACAAAGGCCGAAACUUUCGAAUAGGUUUGCAGCCCUCCGACCACAGCCUUUACUCAGAGGAAUUUCGAUUCACUCUGGAAAAAGCACGGGGAAAUGUGAAAGAGAAACCAUACUUUAUCUACCCUGCAGUGUUGAAGGAAAAAAUUUUCAUCACACCAAAGUUGGAUGUUGUUAAUUACACAAGCUUUCCUCUGGAUGUUGUCGUCCUAAGCAGUGGCACAGAGAUUAACGCUCGAAAGAUUUACUUGAUUGACAGAAGUCCGUACAGUCAGAUGAUAAGCCUCGAUAAUCACCGAAAUGACAGUUGCUGUGGGAUAAAAACAGUAUUCUCUUUUUACGCUCUUAAUGUUUCUAAACCAGGUGAGAAUACAAAACAAAGUAACACUCGUAAAGCGUUUGUUUCUGCUCAAAAUAGAAUACAUUAAAAACACCGUGGUUAUAGAGAUCAUUCUUAAAGUCGUCUGCAAGAAAAUCUAAGGGAAAGGAACCUUUUACAUGAGGGGUGCUAACAUAAAUAAGAAACCAUUAACUAAUGAUUAAUGUUUCGGGCCUUAUUUUUUUAGGCGGUAAUAUAACCUCUGGAUGCGAACCCGGCUGGCACAGAGCUGGUACUUCCUGCUUUCUGUUCUAUUUAAGCUCAACCUUUAAGUGGAGUGACGCACGAAGGCUUUGCCACCUAUCCAACGCCGAUAUUGCCGUUGCCAAGGACGCGUCCACGAUGGACGCUUUAGCCAAUAGGAGAAGAGAGCUAAAAUUUGACACCCGCGGUGGAAUUUAUCUUGGAUUGACCGGUCAAUUCAAUUGGGUCUGGAUAGAUGGACAGGUGGUUUCUAAUAAGUAUAAUCUGUGGGGCCCGAGGGAGCCGAGUGGAGAUGGAAAAUGUGGGUCUUUCUUGAAUGCUAUAAGAUGGUCUUCCAACUGGGUUGGUUAUGGAUGGCGCUGGAACGAUCAAUCGUGCAACAGUGUUAAAGGGUACAUCUGUGAACAGCCAUUCGGUAUGGUUUCCAAAGAUACGUAAUUAAAAUUUAGAAAUCGAUCUAGUAAAAAUUAUUUCAGUUGCUCAAACGGAAACUUCUUCUGCAGUUUAAUACAAAUUUUGAGUUAUUUUCGCGUUGAUUCAAAGUAUUGUAUUCCAUUUAGAGAUGGUGCUUAAGAGCCUCAGGCUGCGAAAUUUGUGGGGAUAUCUGCCUUUCUCCUCAAAACGAGGGUAAUGGAGGGCUAACUAAGCAAAAUUCCCCCCAUAAACUAUCCUGGAUCAGAAAUGAUAGAGCAGCAAAGACAUAUAGAAAGAUAGAGUAGCAAAGACAUGUAGAAAAAAUGAGUUCAAGGUAGAGUGUGCUUUGCGUAAUUGUUCUUUUUCAUUUUUCAUUGGCCUAUAAUACAAAAAAAUAUGCUUCACCGACCGUGAUAAACGUAUUAAAUACCAUUAUGUCUUGAUGAUCACGACAGUCGUUUUUUUGUGUGUUGUAAGAUGUUCCUAUGCCAGUGGCUUUCUUUCCUCUGAGAGGUGCUAAUGGAACGGUAGACUUGAGUCCAAAUGGAGCCACUGAAGCUAAGUCCUAUGGCAUUACGUUUGCACCUGGUCCUUUUGGAAAUCCAAAUGGCUCCUUCUUCUUCAGUGGUAUGAAUGACAGUUUCGUACACCUCGAAAAUAACGGAGAACUUGACACAAGGUUUUCUACUAGUAUUUUUUCUUGGGUGUAUCUCCAAAACUCCACCGGGUUUAUUUACAAGUUUGAAACAGCUUAUGCAUUUUUUACUUGCUCGCUGAAGGUGAUUCAUCAAUCACUUGGUGUUCGAGUGACAUAUAUGGAUAGGAAAACUUUAAAGGCAUACUUUCUCUACAAGAGAAACAUCUUGAAAUUAAACAAAUGGAACUUUAUUGGAACGACGUAUGAUUACCAAACAGGAAUUGCAACUAUUUUUGUCAAUAAUAGUGUUGUGACCCAAAGAGUUCUCAAAGUAAAUAUGGAACUAAGUACGGCUUCAGGGGUGCUGAUUGGAGGUACAAACAGAUGGAAUAGGUUCUUUCGCGGCAGGAUCUCCUGUUUACAAGUUUACAAUCAGGCACUAUCGAUAGAGCAAAUAAUCAAAGUCAAGACAAGGUGUAAUAAAACUGGUGAGUUGUUGAAUACUUUUACAAAUCCUUGAGUAAUGGUUUUUAAAAUGUUUCUAUUUCUUGAAAAGCCAAAAUUUCCCAGUUUUUCAGCUUUAUAUAUCCACAUGCCUUAUGAACAAGCAUUUUCUAAAUUAAAUACUAAUUCUUUUGUGAACAAAAAAACCCAAACAACACUGAAACCCUGCAUCAGUAUUCUUCAUAAGUACUCUUAAAAAUACUGAUUUAGAGCUCUUCACAGACAGCUUUCGCUGACCAAAGGAUUGACGCAGUUUAACUGAUAGCUACCAACUAGAAGAAUUUAUAGAGCCUCGGUAUAGUAUAUGCCAACGAACUGGAAGUCCCUUUUUAAAAACCCUACUCUCAACUUUUUUUCAGCACCAUUUGCAUGCGGUCCAAAUUUCUUCCAUUUCCGAGGUGGUUGCUUCUCUAUUCACACCCAGAGCGCACUGACAUGGAAUUUCGCUCAAAUGGAAUGCAAUCGAAAAGGUGGUACACUGGCCAAAGUAUCACGGGAAGGCUUAAGGUCUGCCUUAUCUAACAAGCUGGAAGGAAUGAGGCCAAAACCGGAGAACUUGCAUAUUGGUUUCUUUGCGCGAGAUGACUGGGUUUGGAUUGAUGGCAACCCAUUGAAUGCCUCCCUGUGGAUGCCUGGAUAUCCUUCCGGCUACCAUGGAGUCCAGAGUUGUGCAGUUCUCUCGGCUAUUUCAUCAAGAAUUAAGAACGUAGAUUGCAAAACGUAUAAGAAUGCUCUGUGCUUCAAACGGUCCGGUAUGUCCCACAGUCUAAACUGCCAGCGAAAUAUUUGGCAAAAAAUUGCCAAUCAGUCUGUUAUCAUGCUGACUUUUCAAGAAAAGCCUGAUCUUAAAACACAGCGAACAUUACUUAAACCGAUUUAUGACACGAAAUGAAACUUGAAAAGAUAUUCUCACCUUUUUUUUAAAGUAUUUUUUACAAUUGACUGGUAUCCGCGAACAUGUGUAAUGACUUUUCCUAUGAUUCUUCGGCCACAAACAUAAUUAACUUUCAUCAUUACUUUUAAAUCUCUCAGAAAAUUCCUUUUCACGUCAAAAUUUGCUCCAAAGCUCGAGUGUUCUGCUACCACAUGAACUUUCUCUGGCCAUUGAUAGAUCCUUUUCCACAUGCUUUAGGUCAAAAAAGGUAAGGGUUAUUGUGAUAGAAUAUAUAGCCUAUAUGCAUAAAUAAAUAAAUAUAUAUAUAUAUAUAUAUAUAAAAUGAACCUUUGAUUGAUGGUGACUCAGACAAUCGUCUGUCUGUUGUAGCUUUUGUUUGUUUGUUUGGGUAUUUUACCAGUUUCUCGUUGUCUGUGUUCCUCUCAUUAUUUCUCAUAUUUUUUCUUGCCCUCGUUUCUUGCAGGAGUCCAACCCUUGGUGGCAGGUGACCCUUGUAAAGCCCCUUCACGUUGAAUCUGUUGAGAUCACCGAAAACAUUGACUGCUGUCCACAAGAUAAAGGAAUACUCAACAUUAACGUAUCUACAGAUGAAACCAGUUUACCAUCUUGUACCAAGUCCGUAUCCUAUGGGAAAUCGUGGGAUUAUAAAGUACGCUGUUCUCCUCCAGCGCGUGGACGUUAUGUGACAUUGAAAUUGAUUGGUAACAAUGUCACGCUAGUUCUUUGCCAGGUUGUGAUUCGCACAAUUGGUAAGUCUCGCCUGUUGCAGUAAAUUAAUUAAAGUUUAUACACAACUGUGGUAUCCACGUUACUUCGAAGCUUCCUCUUUCAAAGGAACCGCAGGAGAGAGGUCUCUCACGCAGCUUUGUUUUAUACUUGCCACUUCGUUCGGUCAAAAGAUAAUUGAUUAAAAUUGAAAAGUUUCUGCCUUGUUACUGUUUACAUAGUAAAUUUCCGCUCAGUUAUCCAGAGAACACACACAUUUGCCUAUAUACUGACAAAAUAACAAUUUUAAAGCUUUUAGUGCAACUUAAUGACACUUUGUUGUUCAGAACUUGUAUCUUUUCGUACACAUCUUGCAUUUCAAAUGUCUUUUUUUUUUUCAUAGCUAGGGUGUGUUUAUCUUCGUUCAUUUGGCUCCCAUCUAUCGUUAUUUUGUAGAGUUUACAGGGGAAAUCCACGGAGUCUGGCGUGAUGCAUGGUAUAACGUUAACUACGACACUAAAAAGGCACCAACUAUGCGCGAAAAUCCUGCUUUCCGAAUCAAACCUCAAAGCCAAAUAAUCUUGCGAAAUUUCGAUGCACCAGUAAACGUGGCAGAAAAGUACAUUCAACGUUUGACUAGUUACUUACAGGUACGUUUUUCACUAUAAUUGUGAAUACAAGUCAUCAACCAACUCUGGGAAAUCGCCUCGAGAGUCAAUAACGGUCUUUCAAUGUGGUAACGGUUGAAAUGACUGCUUCACCCUUAGUAUUUCGUGGAAAGUCAACGAACAAAAAUCGCACAACAGAAAAAUCUAAGGUGGGAAUUUCGAAUAUAUUAUCUCAACGAAUAUAGAGGUGGAAAAAGUGCACUCGCUUUUCCAUAAAUUCCACCUGCGUACUGGAACUCGUAGAAAAUCGCGUGACUUAGAAUGAGUGGCAGAACAGCGAAACAGCGAAAUAGCUCAUCAGAAAAAAGUAUUCGAAGAUGCAAUUUUGUGUAACCUUGGGUUAUUCUGUGUCUUUCCUUUUAAAAUUUAGAAAUUGAAUUUAUCCUUUCACAGGCUCCUGAAAGUGGCAAUUACACAUUUUACGUGUCAUGCGAUGAUUUAUGUGAACUAUGGAUGCACGAUGUUACUGAGGAAGGCAUUGAAAGUGUUGACAAGAAGUCAGAAAGGACUGUUUCAAAGCAACCAAUCAUUACCGUUGAAAGAUGGACUGACCACCAUCAAUGGGACAAGUAAGACAAGUAAAAGAAUAAUUGAUACGGUUGGUUUCGCUUAAAACUUGAACGUGCAUCCUGGUACGUUCAAAGAUAUUCGGGGAAACCAUUUCGACAGAUUUUUAAAACACUCAAAGAAAAGGAGCAUUACUGCUGUUCAGAUUCACACAAAAAACCGCCACAAGCUUUUUAGGAAUAUACCACAAGGUUUCUGGCUGUUCUUCUUUUAUAUCACGCUUUUUUGUUGUUUUUGUUGUCUUUUUUUUCAGGUAUAAAGACCAGCAAACAUCGCAACCAGUCUAUUUGGAAAAAUGCCGCAUUUACCAAAUGGAGGUCUUUAUGAGUGAAAUAGCAGGCCUUGACCACGUAUCUUUGGGCAUGCGUAGACCAAAUGGUGAAUAUGAAAGACCUAUUCCAGGAAGAAGACUAUUUUGGACUAAACCAGGUAUGACUUGCGCUUGUGUCGUAAGAUAUAUCAGCUGUCAUGGCCGGGAGGCAAGAGUCAUUCAGAAUCGUAGUGGAGCUAUCAUUAAAUUCUUUACUGUUUUUUUAAUUGUGAUAGGGACACGCAGGCUAGAAUUAACACUCGACAAUCACGAAACAUUUAUAUCAGGCUUUGUUGGUUCGGAAUUGCGCAUUUCAGGUGAGUUACACAGGUCUUGCAUGUUAAUUAUGAUGCUACAUGUACCUUUAAGUUACCAGAAUAUUAAAAAUUAACCGACCUCUUAUCCUCAAAUUUUCUUUUUUAACAUGAAUGACUGUCUUAUCAUCGUUGGAAAAAUUAGCUGGCAUUAUAAUUAUAAUUAUAAUCAUUUCUAUUACGAAAUAUUUGUAAUAUGGGAGUUUUAGGAUUAGAAAAGUAACUUUACUAUUUUCUACAGAAGCUUCGAUUGUAAAAUAGUAAACCUUUAAUGAAAAAGAGUUACUCCUUCAUCCAGCUCAGGAGAAAAAGCUAAAAAAUUGAGUUGCUCUAAUAGACGUCAGACGUGGAACACAAUCCUUCUGAUUUUUAUUUCAAAUAGGAUUUUUCCAGUUCUGUUGCGAUGGUUUGUAUUGCCCAAACUGCCCGUUACAACUGGAUAUCUUAACGCUUGGACAAAAUAUAACAGUGAAUCCAGCAGUGAGCCUGUCUUGUGUGAACACAUCCUUCACGGCUGUAUUUGACACUAUCAAACAGCCAGGGAAUUUCACAGUGGAGGUCAGUGCACGUGCGUUAUUGACCAAGCGUGAGGUCAAGAUGGCUGAAUAUCGGCCAAAUUCUUUGCUUUACGUUUUUUUGGAGUGACACGAAGUAGAGGUACAUAAAAAUUAAAAAGAAGGACGAGAAUUACAUGCAGUCAUCUUGACCAAAUACGCUUUGUCAAUUAAUGACGUAUUAUAAAGCAAAAGAUCUCACUUCAGUACGAAUCAAGACUUACUUGAUUAUUUUGCGGCAUAGUAACCAAAUGAAACUUUUUCAUGUUUUCUCUGUUUUGACUGUCCUCUGUGGCUUUUUGCGAUUCCCUACCCAACAUUAUCCGAAAAUUAGGUCAGAUAUAUAACAUUAAAGGCAGAUAGCCUGUUUUCAUAGACAUAACUCAACUUGAACCUCAUUUACGAGGAUACGUUAUACCAGUUCGUUAAAAUGUGAGCGUCACAAUUUAGUAAUCGUAAAGUAAAAAAGUUGCCAAAAAUAUUUAAGGUGUGCUAUUUUUUUAAACCUGUCUUAAAAAGAUGACUAAAGAAAGGGUGUUCCCAUGGAGAAAGUUUCCAACAGGCUCUUUAACAUGUCUGCAUAUCAAAACAGGUUGCUUCUUCGUUUCCAAGUAAUCAGGAGAAUAUUGUCAACCUGAGAGUGUUAGGCCAUCUCCAUCUUCAAGGUGAAUUCCGUUCUUUUUCAACCAGUUGAAGCCAUUUUAUAGCAAUAAAUGGGCCAUCUGAUUUAAAUGUACUACGUUUUCAUCGUUGAAAGCAACAAUAGUUUGGAAUCUUUCAUGUUUUGUUCAAUUUUGAAACUUCAAGAUGUCGCUUUACAUUGGCCAUGUUUUAAUGUCACGGUGCUAAAAUGAGUUCUACUUCACGCUUAACUCUUCUCUCGCCUUGCUCGAUCUUUUUCGUAUUUGAUUUUAAAUAGCAAUUUUCUGUCGGUUCUAAUUUUUAAACAUUUUUAUCAAUUUACUUAUCAGCCGUGGUGGUAGAAGAUUGCUAUUUCCAGUCUGGAUAUUGCGGAUGGGCAUACCCUGAGGACAUGUCCAGAAAGUGGAAAUUGUCUGGUGAUAAUACCUUUAUUAACUAUCCAGGUUAGUUUUAAGCAGAUAGGGAAAUCUCAGAGCUGCAGAGGUCGCGUGGCUUGAAAGGAGCGUAGGAAGGAGGGGAAGGGAGGAGGGUAAUUCAAGUUAGCGCCAAAAAAUCCGCGAAUCUGAAGAAAAUAGAAAGUAAAAAUAUAUUUUUAAGUGCUAUAUGCUUUGUUAGUCCGUCUUCCUUGCCCUAUGAGUAUGAGCCCGCUGAUUCAAAAUUAGAGGCCAUGCUAGAUGCUAAUCACUUGCAAAUUGUCUGGGGAACUCGUCAGGGAAAAUGCAGGGGUGGAAGGAGAGGGAAGGGGAAUAACUCGAAAAGAAUAACAUCCCUUUCAGGAGGAGUAACGAUACAUUAAGGGCACUGAAACCAGGCUGUACAGCGGCUGUACGUCUGAAAAUCAAUUUUGUUUCUUUAAUGCUCUCACGAUGUUCUUUCCUUAGCAAGGCACUUUACAUCGGAUACUUCCGAUUUUGGCUCAGUUGAAACGCGAUAGUUAAUCGCAAGUAACCUAACCCUAAUUUGUCCUUACAGGUAGCUUCGCCUAUGUCGAUGCUUCUUACAAAGCACGGAUGGAGAGUCCGAUAUUACCGUGGAAGCCGUUUCACCGAUCCGUGGGCUUGUGUUUCCGGUUUAAAUAUCUCCUGCCUGCUAAGUCAAAGCCGACCCUUAAGGUUUACCUGCGGGAUCCAAAUAAACGGAAUGUGGUGUUAAUAUGGCACAUGACCGGAAACCACGGUGAAAAAUGGUUACCGGCUCAGGUUGCUUGGCCAGGAGCCAAGGGAAUUCAAGUAAGAACAGAGAAAUGAAGAAGUAAUGCCCCAUACUUCACUUAUUUAAUUAAAACUUGAUAGUUCUUCUUGGUGUUACACUUUUAGGUUAUAUUCGAAGGAGAAGGCGUUCUUGAAAACAAGAUCAACGUUGCAAUUGAUGACAUCAUCAUAACUACUGAGAAUUGUUCACUACGACCCUACUUUGCGCAGCCAGGUGAUUCUAUUUUCAUUUCUAGGAAAGGAUAUCUCAAGAACAAAGGUUUAACAUGAAUGUUAAAGUUCCUUCUGUUAUUUAUCUCUGAUUUGUUGUCCAUGGUUUCAGUGGCAAAUGGAAUAAAUAGAUAAUAUGGGAGGGGGUGUUCAGGGUGCGAAGAGAUUUAAAAUAGAAACUAACAGAUUGUUCUAAAUUGACAAUUCUGAGUUCCUUUUUUUUGUCUCGCUAGGAGCAAAAUCGCUAUCUUUUUUAAAGUAUUAACAGAAACUGCAUAACAUUAGACGUUACAAAAUGACUCAUGACCAAAGGUUAAACAUUAAAAUGGCUCGCGGUGAAUGUUGAAACUGUAAAGUUGACUUUUUUUUCAUGCUUCUAGUUCACAUUAACAGAUUUUUCGUUUGCCCAACAUUUCGAUUUGUGCGAUUUGUUUCAUCCUAAAUCUGGCCUUUACACGAUUAGGUUUCAAGUGUAACGAUGACCAGUUCACCUGCAAGAAUGGUGAAUGCGUCGAGAAGAAUUUGUUGUGUGAUGGCGAUUUUGCCUGUAAAGAUCAUUCAGAUGAAGAGAAUUGUGAGUGUCCAUCCAGUAAAUUCGCUUGUCAAGGAGGAGGAUGUCUGCUGGCAACGGCUGUGUGUGACGGUAACGAGGACUGUGCCGAAGGUGACGACGAAAAAAACUGUCGUGAGUGGACUUUGUGUAUUUAGUCAAAUUAUCAUGAUAUUCAGAUACUAUACGGAUGGUCUAUUUCCAUCCCUCAGAAAUGUGCAUUAUUCAUUUGACAGGUAAUCCAUGUCCUUCUAGCCACCAAUGCCUUGAUGGAUCGUGCAUUUCUUGGUCAGAUACUUGUAGUCAAACACCCUUCUGCAAGGACGGAACUAACACACCAUCUGUGUGCGGUAAGUAAGAAACGGGAGUGGAGUGAGCAUCAAAAAGUCUAGUCAGAAUUAGAUAACCGAGUCUUUAACAACAAAAGAGGAUCUGGCUAGGAUCUGAACUUUUCCGGCCUUGUUUCACAGUAAUUUUUCAAAGCUUUUGCUUAAUGCUAUUAUGAGAACCAAAAGUCGUCGUAAAGGUUCUGCGCAUUUUGUGCAGGAUUUUUUUAUCAAGAUCUCCCGGGGAUUUCCCCAAAUCAAAAAUAGUCUGAGAGUAAUUUCAUAGAGGUCAAAAGAGGAAAAAUUUCUGCAAAAGUUUUUCAAACUUUUUAUGAUUGUGUCAUUGUGUUUAUCAGAUUCAUUUAGUUAAAAUUUCUGCUCUUUUCACGGUGUCUUGUCUAUCAGCAGCUACAAAUUUUGCUUGUUGUCUCAUCUGUUUGUUUUCUAGGUUCUGGCAGGUGCACUCUUAACGAUUUAGCUUGUACCUCCAAAAAUACCACAGCCCAAAAGAGAUGCAGAUCUUUCAGAGGUAGGGCAAGAAAAAAGUUUUGAAUUAGUUGUAACAAGUUUUUACGCAUAAUAAGCUAUUUUUGCCAGAAGGAUUCUUUUCCUUAUUCACGCACUGGAAGAAAAAUAACCUAGAAUGCUUUGAAAUCGCUUGCAACAAAUGUUCUACAAAAGGGUCAAAUUUUUCUUCGAAAUGGGAAUCAGUAAUAACAAUUUUACAUCAAUCGAGUAUUGAUUUACCUCACAUAUAGAAAAAUAGAAAUCUUGGGCGUUUGUUCCAGAUUUUGCUAUCAAAUUGUUAGUGUGUUUUUGUUGUUGUUUUUGUUGUUUUUAUUUUUGUAAUCGUGCUUUUGCGUUGUCCGCUGGUCCUGUCAGGUAUCUGCAACUUUCAAACAGGCCGCUGUGGAUUAAAGCCUGACAAGAAUGCUACUUUUCAAUGGACCGUGGGCUCUGGCCAGACGCUAACGGAAAGAACUGGGCCGAGUUAUGAUCAUACAUCGUUCAGCAAGGAUGGUAAGACAGUCCUUGAACAGAAAUCCCUGCUGCCAGGAAAGCUUCAAUAAAGCAACAAGGAGAACUAACGAAUACAAAUGAAAUAACUUUUAUCAUUUAUAAAAUGACAGGAUAUAACAAUAUUUGAAAGAGUUUGUAAAGAAACUAGAGAUUGCAUCGGUCCUGCUUCAUUUCGCUGUGUGAUUGGUCCAGAAAACUCGUGCCACCCCUAUUAAUCAGUGCUUUCAAAGCUGAGGACACACACGAUUUCAUUUUUAAGGCAACAUGUUUGGUCCUCUAAGGGACAUAUUCCAUCGCUCUGAUUGGCCACUCUAAUCACUUUGGUUUUGGUUUUGGUUUCACGAAACUCAAAAGAAAAGCGUUCUAAAACUCAGCCAAAACACUGCUAAUUUUAUACGCUAUUAAACUGAUAAUGAAUUGAUUCAUAUAAUUGCAUUCAAAAUUUGAAUGACGAAACAGGCACCAAAAUAAUCGUGUAAUGUAUUUUUACAGGUUCUUAUAUCUAUAUCGAAGCUUCUCGAAGAAACUUUGGAGACGAGGCAAGAUUGCUGAGCGACUGGAUGGAACCUAAUGAAACAGUUUGCGUUAAGUUCUGGUUUCACAUGCACGGGCCGGACAUUGGUAAUCUGAGUAUCUACCUCAAAACUAACCAAUCAGAAACGCUUGUUUGGAUGGUGUCGGGAGAUCAAGGAAACCGCUGGAGAUUUGGUCAAACGAGUCUGAAUAGCACCCAUUGGUCUAAAGUAAGUGUUCAAUUUCUCAAAAAGAUUUGCAACGAAAAGCCUUCAAUCUAUACGAUUUCUAUCAGCACAAUUCUCUUAUAAUAGAGGACGAUUAAAAUGUAUGAUCUAUGAUGCGAUCUGAUUCAGUAGCUGCUGACUGGUGGCCAACCGAAAGUCUCUUUCUUUGUAUGAACAUGUUUUCAUGGGUUCCUAAUUAGAAGGAUCUCUUUCAUAAGGGUAUUCAAAAGUGUACACUGUAUCUUAAAAAAUUUAGGCAGAGGAUAAUAACCAGAUAUCCACUUAAUCACAUUUUUUCCAACAAGACAAGAAACUUAUUUUACUUAGCAAAACUUAUUUUACUUCCGUCAUCGGCUUUUUGAAGCGUUAAAAAGGUCAACCUUUGUUUAGUAUCAGUAUUGUUAUUGUCAGAUUGUACUAGAAGGAACAGUUGGCACUGGAAGUAAAGGUGAUAUUGCAGUAGAUGAUUUCACGGUGUUGGACGGAGCAUGUGAGAAAAUUUUAAAACAAAGUAAGUACAUCUAACGAGGUGUUUGCAGACGAUCAAAUUAGUAAUAAAGGCCUCAAGACAAGUUAACUACAUUUUUAUAUGUAAUAUUCCCGUCCAGUAGUGUUAUUUUAAGGAAAAAAGAAACACAAAUGGCAUCUAAAACCUAUUCCUCUUCUUAAACCAUCGACAGCGAGUCCAGACUGCUAUUUCGAAGGGAGUAUGUGCGAUUGGCACGUUCAUGAUGGAUGGGUUCUGAAUACUCAUGUAGCGGGAAUGGGAAAGCGAGGUAAGCUGUGAGAUCGUGAGUUAGCGCUAACGAAGUAUCUGGCGAUACUUUCGCCAUCUCUGAGAGAGAUGAGUUUGCCUAACUUUUUCCAAUAACUUUGGGAAAAAAAUGCAGAAUUCUUAAAAGUGUUCUUAGGAAACGACAUUAUACCCUCGGCAAGUUUCAAAAUGGCGCCUUCCAUGGCAUAUUUUUAGCAUAUUUAAAGACGACUGUCAAAAAUUUAGAAUAUUCUUUGGAAUCUCAAAAUUGGUCAGCGGUAAAAGUUCAGUGUCAAGAGAAUAACACUCAUUUAACACGACGUCGAAUUUUAUUGUCAGUAGGAUACGCUUCUCUUCCGGCCAGAAAAUCAGAACUGCUAUCUUUUCUCUCAUCUCCUAUCAUCAACACAAAUGCCUACGAAUGGAAAUGCCUUCGCUUCUGGUAUCUCAUCGCCGACAUAGCUCAUGUUCAAGUUCAACUCUUGAGCAGGACGUCACUAACUGUGUUCUUAGGCAACGUAAAGACGAACAAAACUCAACUGCUUUUUUAUGCGGAAGAGGCGACCAACGCAUGGCAAUAUGUACAGCUACCGAUACCAAUCAACUCAACUCAAAUUCAGGUAGUUACUAGUCUCCUCCGCAACCUCUGUUCUCGUCUCGAAACGCGUUAGCUACCCCACCAUUAACAGGCACAACUUGAGGGAGUGGAUCAAUAGACCAAGCAAUGGCUGCGAAAGAAACUAGAGAUUUGCAUUUCUCUCUGAAAACUCCAGAGUGAUCACGAUUUUAUGAUUUGCACGUGCUUUCUAAGACAGUGUUGCUGGAACUAGAGUGGGUUUUAACCAAAUUAUGAUUUCUUUUCCCCUCAAGACACAUCUUUUCAUGGUUGUAUGUACAUAAAUCUUCUCAUAAUUGCUUUCUUUUUUUAUCGAUAACAGAUUCUGUUUAUUGGUAUCAAAAGAUUCUCUCCCAGACCAUUUUUAGCCAUCGAUGAUGUUUCUUUCACCAAAGAACCUUGCAAACUAAUUCCUUGGAGUUCUGGUAAAGAUAAAGAUUACUCUAGAUGUCAAUUCUUCAUAGUAAAACUGAAGUUCGUGUCACUUAGUUUUUACAUUACCGACAUUCGCUGUGCCCGUUUACCUCUUACUCCCACGAAUAACCAACUUAAGUAACACUGAGGUGAACUGGUGGGUAUUCUGGGCGAAAUAUGCCGAUAGAAUGAAUGUCAUUUUACAAAAAGCCAAUGAUUUGUGAUUCCAAGAGACCGAAAUAAGCCGCCAUCCCUACGUAUGGUUUGCAUUUCAUGAAAUAUACGUCAUUCAUGUAGGGGAAUGGAGAUCUAGAUUUUGGGGUUAGAUGGCUAAAGGAGGAGAGCCACAAUAUUUUUGGGACCAAAGCUACAUUGGAAUGGUUGGAGAAACUGAGACGGUGCAUUUGAAGACCUUUUGGGGCUUUACGUUUUAGAGGGCCUGUUUUAUCUUGUUGCUCCUUCUUAUCGUUACAACUGACUGUACCCCUAUACCCCACCCCCCGCCCCCCAUGUGUUACUUGAUAAAGAGGAUCUUGUAAUUUGUGUUUUCUUUCUUCUUUUGACCUCCAUAAUUUCUUCCAACCAUGGCAAACACUGCUAAGGAAGUGCAGAGUAUUAUCUACAGUGGAUCCUUGCCUAUUCGUUCUAUUUCACUGAUGGUCAAAUUCCUUUUUAAUCCCUAAAAACCAUCAGAUUGUCAAAAGCCUCUUGGCAUGGAGAAUGGAGCUAUCUCCGACUUACAAAUUUCUGCAUCUUCGCAAUGGGAUGCCCAUCAUGCCCCUCCCCAGGGGAGAUUACAUUUUAAACGAUCAGGCGUUAAACAAGGUUCUUGGUCAGCCAGAGUAAACGACGGUAACCAAUGGCUCCAGGUCGAUCUGGGAAGUCAGUACACGAAGGUAACGGGAGUAGCAACACAAGGAAGGAAUGGUCAUCCUCAGUGGGUAAAAAAAUACAAGCUGCAGUAUAGCGAGGAUGGAGUAAGCUUCCAGUAUUACAAGGAACCAGCAGAUACUGAAGAGAAGGUGAGCUGGACUUUACACAUCGCAAUCAAAAUUCAAUUGUCUCUUUCAUGAAAAAAAAAAACAAUCAAACAAACAAACAAAAUUGCAUUUGGUUAAUGGUAGUUUUCUUUGGUUUGAUUGUGUUUGGUUCAGCUCAAAUCAAGUUAGGUCGAGUCGAUAUGAGUCGCGUCGGAUCGGAUAGGCCGCCUCGCGUCGAAUCGGGUCGGGACAGUUCGAUAUGAGCUGGGCCGGGGUGGGAUAGGAGCGAAAUGGGUCGGGUCGGUUAAUUUACCUUUUUUUAGCCGGGUUUAGUUUGAUUCAGUUCGGAACAGUUCGGGUUAGUCGGGGCGGGUCGAGUCGGUUCGGCUCGGUUUGAUUGCGUAUAGACGGAUUCGGCUCGGCUGAGUUCGAUAUUGCUGGAAUCAGUUUUGUUCGUUUGGGCUUGUUUUGUUAGUUUGGACUUGUUCUUUUUCCAUUUUGUUCGAUUCUAUUUUCAUUUAAAUUACUUCAGGAGAAGAAUACAAUUUAGACAAGAUAUACGAGCAGUCCUUCAAUUAACUGUACUACCAUUUUUUCAUGAAGGUAUUUGAUGGAAACACGAAUAUGGACAGUGUCGUUUUUCAUCAAGUUGAUCCACCUAUCAUAACACGUGUAAUCCGCUUUCGACCGAUAGCUUGGAAAGGCCACAUCUCCAUGAGAGUGGAGCUCUAUGGCUGUAAAGGUAAUGUAUAUAUCGUUUCAUGAAUCAACACUGUCUGAUAAAGCACCGUCCUGCACGUAAAUCAAUAGUGUUUAUUCUUCCUUUAGAAAGUUAUUAUACCGGGAAACACUCUCGUUUGCCUUCUAUUCUAUUUUCCUUAUGCAUCUGAUUCUGAUAAAACACAAGUCUUUGCAUUGGUGACAAAAUAACUAGGUAAUAACUAGUGAUAUUAGAAGUAGUAGCAGUGACAGUGGCACUGGUUGGCAUAUAGGGAGGUCUCUGUUAAUCUUAGCUGAGUUGAUCCUCUCCUGAAAUCAUUAAGCUGACAGCUCCUGUGACAUAUCGCAAGAUUGGUGUGGAUGGAAAAGCAUUCAUGGCUGGAAGCGACUCAAACACAACGAGCUUGACCAUGUCUAUCAGGACAAAGGUAAUAAUACCAACAAUGACGAACAAGGCGGUGUUGCUGACUCAGACGACUCAACUGGCUUUGGUGGGUAAAAUUUUUAAUGGCUGUGAAUAUAUUAAAAUCAUACAACUCUCAACCAGCGGUUAGGGCACCUCACCGGAGAUAUAGCAGAGGUCAUGGGUUCAACUCCCAUACCGACCAGAAUUUGAUUCAUAAUUUUUUAUGCAUGGUAUGUAUACAUAACUCUUCAUUAAAUUUUCUCAUAUCUAUUUCCUAUUUGCUGUUUGGGAACACUGCUCUCACGAACUAAGAGACUUUUAAACCACAACUGCUAUUGUAAAGCGCUGCGAGGUGUUUUAACACUGAGAUUUUAAAAGACGAACCCAACGGAGUGAUUGACUGUACGAUGUGGACAGGAAUCUCCUAGUGUAAAACUCAAGUGCCUAAACUACUCUGCCAUGUGAUAUCAGUGAGUUUGACCGUAGUAUUAACAACAAACGACAAAAAUGAACUUUGAAUCUACUUUCUUUUAACAUAAUCCAUUCAGAAGCAUAUAACGAGUUUAUAUGCUUCUGAAUCCAAGACUGAAGAAAAUCCUCAGAAAAAAAAACAGCAAAAAGUUUUGUUUUUCUUAGUUAAUUGAAAUAAUUUUGUGUCAGCGCGCUAACGUCUGAGUGUAGGCUUCAAAAAAAUAUUUGUCUUUUGACGUAAUCCUUGUGCUUAACCUAACCUCCUAAGUGGAACUUUAUUGAAAAGAAGUUAGAUAUAAAUCCCGCAUACCUUUCUCUCAUUCCACUAUAUCCUAUAGGAAAGUUACGUCUGUAUAUGGCUGCUGUGUUGAAAUUCUUGUUUUAAUAUCACAGGACUUUUUGAUCCAGAAAACUACGAGAUUCAGCUUCCUGAUUUUGAUCUCGGCUAUGUGUCAUUCUCUGGCAUUUCACCCCUCCUGAGGGGUUUCACGCUCUGCUUUUGGAUAAAGACCACUCACGAUGGUUUUUUCAUCGAAUAUAAAGUCCCCCGGGAGCAAGGUGAAUCGCUGCAAUUGGGAUGCUACGUCGGUAACGAAACCAUUAAAUUACAGCUGAAAAACACGAGGAGGUGCGGGACAAAAUAUUAUAUGUAUACAUUGUUGCCUUAAAGGGCUGAUAAAAGGAGUUAGGGUAAACCUCGAACGAGGCAAAACAAAACUUCAGGUUUAAUAGGCAGAACAAUAGCUCUGCAAGUGCGUUGUAAGAAUCUUUACAUUGCCGUGUUCAGCCAAACAAGAACGAGAAAUUCCCGAGUUCCAGCUGUCUGAGAAGUGAUUAACUGUCAACAAAUUAAUCCUGUUUCUAUUUGUAACUCAGUGCUGCCUUUGCGUAGAGUACCGGAGAUGAAGCUUGGCGCGCGGCUAGAGGUGGACACAGUGCCAUUUGUGAAACUCUUCAGACAAAUUCAAGUUCACUUUUCUAUUCCUCAUUACCUUGACACCACCCCUGAGAGUGCUCAAGGUCCUAAUAUCUCAAGAACCGCGUUUACACGCUGCCUGAAGCGGGUUGUAUCAAAAGGGUAGAGAAAAAGUAAUGAUUCGACAUAAUUAGGCACACUAGCAUACCCUCUACCGUGAAGAAGAUAGAGAGGAGACGGGGAGAACUCACUGAUAGAUUCCUAUACCACAACUGAUAACUACCACAAUUUAUCCCCAAAUGGUUGGCUCUAACCAAGGGAAUAUCAACCAGUUGAUAUUCUCUUACUCUAACUGAAUGAUUAUAUUUGAAUUUUUUUCAUAGCAAAAUAUCGACAGGCGUGGCAGAUGACAUGUGGCACCACGUGUGUGUAUUGUUGAAUAACCACGUAGGGCUGAUGGAGGUGUUCAAAGAUGGCGAGAGAAAAUAUAGUUCAUUUGGAUUUCAGUUUUCUUUUCAGAUUGAAGGUACACAGUACUUAUGGUAGAGAAAUCGCCUGUAUCUCACUCAAUAACGUCAGCAACAGUGUUAUUUCUUUGUCACUAGUUGAUUUUUGUUUUGCAUUUUUAAACUCCUUCUUUCUCGGAGUUAGUCGACUUUGAGAAAGGAUGCCGAAACAUAAACGCGGAUGUACAUAUGGCUUUGCGAUCUAAUAAUUAAGUAAUAAAUGAGAGAAGAAAAUAUUUCAUGUAGAGCUCAUUCAUGCAACGGCGUAUUCGACCAAGGAUAAUGCUACAAGGGGUCAAUAAGAAACUUAAGUAAAACCAAGUAAUUUGCCUGAAGUGCGGGAAAUCCUGAGUGACCGAUCUGAGAGGGUACGGACGGUGCCAAUCUCCUGGAUCGGUCACAGAUUAUAAUGAGGCAAAUCAACGCAAUUCUGGAUUUCUUUCGACACUCAUAGACUUCAUUCGUCUUAACUGAAACAAUGAUACAAGUUUAUGAUGAAAAGGAAACUCCCGAGGUUAUCCCUAUAAUUAGAGCAGACAUUAAAAUGAAAUCUCUUUGUUAUCACAUAAUUUCAUAGUGUUUCUCAAUCUUUCCUUCGCAGGGGGAGGAACCAUGACUAUCGGGUUUAGAAACUCUAGUGAGAAUGCGUCAAUUGCUCUGGGUACAUUAAGUGGAUUCAAUCUUUGGGGUCAUGCAAUGCCCGUUGAGGAAAUACUGCGCAUGUCAUUUGGAUGUAGCAGUGAAGAAGGUGACGUGAAGGCAUGGAAAAUGAUCAGAAAUGGGUUGCAGAAAGAAGUGGCGGUAAAAUGGUUUCGAACCUGCAGAGAUAGAGGAGGCAAGUUAUUGGUAAAGCUAUUAGCAGCAGCCCCUAGUUCAUUGUUCUCAAGUCUGAAUAAUAAAUGAGUCCUUUAGGUAACCACUUGCCCGCGUAACUAAUGAUUUUUGAGGAAGUUUUGAUAGCGGUGAAGCCACAAAAUGAAAUGGAACGAGAAAAUUGUAGUUUCUCAAUUAAAACGCCGUCGUUCGUUUUUUUUCGGCCACACCCCUUUUAUUUUAGGAUCGAUUUACGGGACUUCUAAACACGCCAGCAAAACAUUUGCCUCUUGAACAUCCUUAGAUUGAUGUAAACACUCUACAUUGAGUUCUUACUGGGCGGGUAAAUUGACUCUCACGGUGACUCGGUUUAUGACUCAGAUGAUUUCAAUGAUGAUGGCUUCCGCUAAGGUUGUCCAAACGUCAGUCACCACCACCGACAAAAGACCUUUCCAGGACUGCCCUUACCCAGACCAUCAAGCUACAUGAACAAAUGCUCGUUUUUUUUUCAGGAUAGGUGAAUGAAAAUCAUUUGCAAUGCAAAAUAGUCUCAAUUGUCUUCCUAAUGCAGGUGGCCGACUUUUAGUGGAUACCAACGUCACCAACUUCAACCAGUCCGCUAUUCUUGUGAGCCCACUAUACAAUAGAUCACGUGACUGGUAUAGUGAUUGCCUAAAAUUUCGUUAUAUGCUGCGUGGGCCUGGGAAGAAGACACUUUCAAUUUAUUGGAAGACAAAAACCUACCGUGAAAUUCCAAUCUGGAUUUCGAAUCGCAACACCGGCAGGAACUGGCUUUAUGGACAAGUUCCUUUGAACUCUCUCUCUGAGUUUCAGGUAUUUAUGCAGGAAAAGGUAAAUGAAAGCCAGAUUGGCCUGGUUCCUUCCGGUCCUCAGAUUUAUCUCCCAAGAUGUCAUUCCCUGUAAAGGACAAUAUAAACAUGUUCCUCUCGAGAAGAAUAGAUUUUUGUGUCCACGGUUUGAAAAAGGGGCAAGGGUUUCCAGGUUUUAAGCAUAGAAAAGUGUGAGAAAACAUUUUUUUGACUCAACCAGUCGUUCAUACUUUCCUUAGAAAAAUUUCUUUUCUGUAGCGUGGAGUACAGUUCCUUGCUUCGCAAUUUCCGCCAUUUUCAUGUCUGCUUUUUUUUAAUUGUUUGCGAAUAACAAGUUGGUGACCGACCAUUAUUGUGACUUUUUUCUUCUCCCUUUUUUGCUAUCGUCUAAUGCAAAAAAAAGGUGUCAAUACAAGGUAAAACAGAGACAAGGGAAGACUUGAUAGCAUUAACAGGACUGUACAUUGAGGAGGGAAACCGCUGUGAAGAAAAACCUUGGUCAGCGAAAAAAGGUAAAGUUCUAAUAGAAGCAUUCGUUAAGUGUACUUAAUCUCGGUCACAUUGUGGGGAAAAAUUUUGGGAAAGGAUGGAAAUUGAAAAGGGGUCACUUCCCAUUUUUGCCUUGUCGACUUUUCAGAGGAAAAAGGUCGUCCUCUGCCAAAAUUUGAAAAAAAGGAAGGCAAUGUAAAUUGCUAAGAGAGAGAAGGGAAAAGUAUAGCCAAUGGUGAGAGCAGUUAUCUUUUUACUUCUCCCUCCCACGGUUUUUGGGUUCGAUUCCUAAACCUUGCAUCACAGAUGGGUUGAAGUUGAUGUUGAUCCUCCGCAACGCUUCGCACGUUUAAACAAAAUAUGUCCAAAUUUUUAUUGAACGUGGGAGUGACUCUCGAAAAUUUUCUUAUUGGUAGCAAUCAAUAAAUUUUUUACUUUGGUUUUAAGGAACAUACAAACUUUAUUUAUUCUCAUCAACUUACAACUCUUUCAUCUUGUUUCAGCCUGUAGCGAAACAUUGACCAACAAGUCAGGAUAUUUCUUCUCGCCUUCAUACCCGGGACACUCUCCUUACGACAUUCUCUGUAGCUGGGUUAUUACCGUCCCACCCCGUCAUAUAAUUAAUUUGCAGUUCCAAGAAUUCAGACUCAGAGAUCACCCCACGUGUGAUAAAUGUUUUGUGGAAGUUUUUGACGGAAGUGAGAGGACAUCCUUGGGCAAGUUCUGCGGCUAUUUGUUCCCUCCAAAUUUCCUAUCUUCCUCGAAUCAUUUAACAGUCCUCUUGAGCUGCCAAGGAAAUUUGCCUUUAGCCCGAUUCAAGGCCUUGUACCACUCUGUUUCAGGUAUAUGGAAAUUAUAUUAUGGCUUUAUAUUAUAUUAUAGCGUUUUUGCUGUUAUUCUGUUGGCAAUCUGUUAAGUUGCUCAAUUUUACAGGUGCCGUCUUGAACAAAAAUGAGGUUCAAAGUUUAGAGAUGAAAUUUUUUGCUAAGUCAGCUGUAUAAGAUGUUUUCUUAGGAUGGCGUAGAUUGAUUUUGAAGGUAAUUACUUUCCCAUGACGAUUACCAGGAGUAUUCUAUAGCUAGAGCUGCUGGCUCGCUUCUGUAAGCCAUUUUAUUUCUUUUCAGAACCUUGUGUCAGGAAUUGAUUAAAAUUGUUUUCUUAAUUUUCCAGCCAACGACAAUGACGGACUUUCCUGUUCACGUCAGCAAGGUAAACAACCAUGAGACCUACUACUUAAUCUAUUUUCUAAUUAAAUGGUUUGUUGGUUUUUACUGAUAAUAUUGCUAUCGUUUGCUUUAGGUUGUCCGUCGAGCUGCAAAUGUGAAGAUUUCAGCUAUGACAAAGACAAGAGGAUUCAAGUAACUGGGGUAGACUUGCUCAGUGUUCCAAGAAAUCUUCCUUCCAAUACUGGAGCUGUGUAAGCAAUGAAAAACUAUGCGAAUAUAUAGUUCUGUUGUAUUUCUAAACCUAGUGACACCAUCUUUUUUUUGUCGCUUUUCUCAGUAAGCUGUUUUGAUAUAUUUUUUUAAUGAUUACAUUCUCUAUACGUAUUUGCUGCAAGUAUCAUAUUUUUCUCAAGGUUUUUCAAGAAUAAUCGGAUAUCCCAGUUGCAGGAAAAAGCCUUUUCAGAUCUUAAAAAGCUGGAAUAUGUGUAAGUAUAUUCCUCAUGCGUUGAUCAAAAAGUAAAAAGUUUCCGUCUGGAUUUCUUCCAGCCAAGGGUUUAAUGAACUGGCUGUAGAAUUUAACAAACUGAUAAUGUUUGUUUUUUUUUCUAGUGACAUAAGUUUCAAUAUUCUGCUUCGCCUCAGUGAAAACUGCUUUCAAAAUGUCUCAUCCGUCAAAACAAUGUAAGUAUGAUCACGCCUUGUCAAGCUGUAUGUCGCUAAUGAAAAAGUCGAGUUUCUGAACACUUCAUCUCAAGGUCAGCUGUCAUGUUUGUCUUAUUUCUCAGUUUGUUUGUUUGUUUGUUUUCAAUUCGGGUUGAAAAUCGGGAAAAAGCACUCAUGAAAAUUUUAUAGUGAGAUGUCCGACGUGCAACUUGAAACCAUUAAUAAAUGGUCUCAAUACUCUUCUUUAUACCUUAAAAAAAAUUCCUUCAAUGAAAGAAAGAAAAAGGUUCCCAGUGUUGGUUAAAUAGCUUGAGUAUCUUACGCAGACGGGAGGCGCUAGUAGUCUCUUCAGGAACUUUAUUUCACUCCAUAAGCUUUCGUAAGGGAUUGGCUCUAAGGCUAGAAUCAGAUGGUUUUGAAACUGAAUUUAAUAAUAUACCUUUUUUCCAGGCGACUAAACUCCAAUUUUUUAAGAUCUCUUCCCGACGGAGUUUUCCAUGGAAUUCCUAAUCUACUUGUUCUGUGAGUAUUUGUGUGACCUAUAAAUCUGGCGCUCAUGGCGCUUUUGCCAAUGCAGAUCGACUUUAAUUACAUUGAUCAGUUAAAGUAAUGAAAGCCAGUUGGAAAUAAAAAAUUCCUCUAUUGAGCCAGAGGAAAUGAAAACGACUAGGUUUUAUCUAUGUGUCUGAUUGGCUAAGAGGAUGGCACAAAUCUUGCUGACUAGUCACAGAACUUACAGUAAGACAAUCUCGCAUUCCUCUCCAUAACUUGAAUGUUAGUGGACAUCAAUGUGAUUUGUUUCAGUGAUUUGGGAAAAAACCUUCUACGAAAACCAAUGAAAAGAAUGCUGGACGGACUAUCAAGUAUAGAAGUUUUGUAAGUAUUAUAUUCUAAACAAAAAGUAACCCAAAUAAAUUUUGAAAUUGUCACUUUUCUCAUGAAACUAAUUAUUUUAAAAAAGAGACAGCCUUUAUCAGAAUUUUUAUUCACUUACAGGGGCUUGCGUUCAAAUCAGAUUGAGCGAAUGGAAUAUGGUGUUUUUGAAAACAAAAGCAAUAUGACUCAUUUGUAAGUAUAGUUUUCCUUCUUUCAUUUUCAGAUAACCUCUGCUCUAUCAAAUAGAAAUCUUUUUGGGUUUUGGCCAGUAAUGAUACAUACAGUUUCUUAGGGACACAACUUGAUAAGUUGUUGAAACCUGCUUCAAGUUUUCCUUUACAAAGAAAUAUAGGCCAUAAAGUAAAAAAAAAUUAUCCAGGGAUUUUUCUUUUAGGGGCCGGGUCAUGCACUAGUGAAAAAAAAAAUCAGCGUUUAUUCUGUAGAAUAAAAACAGAUGAUUUGGAAUUGAAUAUUUUCAAUCAGGUACCUCCAGAACAACAAGUUAACAACACUACCAGAGGGCCUGUUUGAAGAUCUUUCAAAGCUGAAAGUAUUGUAAGUAUUGCCAUCCAAGUUGUAGUGUUCAAUAAAGAAAUAAAUAUAUCCUGAUAAAAGAAGGAAUAAUAAUUCGGGACCUUUUUUGCACAAUCCUGGUAAUUAAUGUUCUCGAAAAGUUUUUCUCUUUUUACAUGCUACUUUUACGUUCAAGAAGAGAGAUCAAUAAUUCUGAAAUUAAAACAGGGAAAAUGUUAAGAAAAGAAACAGAUUUGGCUAGUUUUUCAGCUAAGAUCUGUACUGAUACGAUGCCUUAGAUUUAAAUUUUAUGAGAUUGCUUGGCACCUAUAAAGUCGCCGGGACUUUCGAGAAACAGACACGGCCUUUAAAAAGUCUGCAGCGGAAUUAGAAACUCCUAACUCCUGAGAUUCAGUAUGAAAUUAAUUAUUUUUGUGUAUGUUAAUUGGGGGAGUUUGGCGUUACAUCCUUCAGCUGAUAGUUAUCUAGAUUCCUGCCUCUAACAUACUUAAUUUGGCAUGGAUAUGGGUGGAAUAAUUUACACAUCAAUCGAGACACGAAGCUUCAGUGUUAGGGAAAAUAUAUAAUAGUAAAACCAACUGAUGUUCACAAAGAGGAACAACUUUCAAUACGAAAUUAUCUCCUGCAAUAUUUGAAUAACAAAAGGCGAUUUUUCGCUGUAAGUAGCGUAAAGAUCGAUUUUAUAGUCUCAUCUUUUCUUGAGCAGCUGAAAUCUACACAGUUUCAGUACGUUGUUCUGAGCGUACGACGUUUAUCUAAAUAGUCAGUUAAAACUCAAGUGAGAACCAUUUAGAUCCUCAUCAAUUUUCUGACAUUAUUCUCGACUUGAUUAUUAUUCUUAAUGCGCUUUUUCUCAGAGACUUAAGUGGUAACAAGCUAACAACAGUCACAAAGGGAACUUUCAAAGGACUCAAGUCUUUGGAACAUUUGUGAGUACACCGUUUGCUAAUUUCUGUACUUCGAGCUCAUAAGUUUGUGUAUAAGAUAUUUUAGUUGUAAGCUUGAAAUUUGUCUUAAAUCAAAUCUUUCAUUUUCUUAUAAUUUCUCUUCCCUUAUUCUUUGUUCUCUGUUCUGACAGGUAUCUCGACAAUAAUAAACUAACCGAUGUACCUUCCGAUGCAUUCAGUGAACUUGAAAACUUGGAGUAUUUGUAAGUAUUUAUUUACACUUUUUGACGUAUUAGCUUGUUUUAUUUAAGUGAAUGCCAAUUUCAGCUAAUCAGAUCAAAGGAGACACUGAAAUGAGCCCAAGGAAACUGAAGAAAACACACGCCUAGGGGCGUCCAGCGCGUGAAAUUUAUGUGCUCCUGAAUGACUGGGGAGGUGGUGCAGAUUUCCUUAACCAAUUAAAAGCAACAUAAAACAAUACCCGUGCAAUUCUGGUUUGCUUUCGACUCGUAAUCAAAAUUCCUCCGGGGAAAGAGAGAGGCAGAUUGUGAAUUCGUACUUACAACGGAAUAUUUUCGUUUAGGAAACUCGACCGCUUCAUUUUGUGUUGCUACGCUAAGAAAUCAAUUGCAGGAGUUGAUUGCAAUUCUCCAGUCGAUGAAUUUUCCAGCUGUGACGACCUCAUGAAAAACAAACCAGUUCAGGUUUGUAUCUGGAUUCUUGGAAUGCUCGCUUUCCUUGGAAACCUACUUGUCAUUAUAUGGCGUACUGUUGAUAAAGAGGAGAACAGGGUUCAGUCCUGUCUGCUGACUAAUUUGGCCGCUGCUGAUCUGUUGAUGGGCGUGUAUCUAUUAACUAUCGCUAUUAUGGACUUGAGAUGGCAAGGGGAAUACUUUAAGCAUGACAUCGAAUGGAGAUCUGGCAUGGGUUGCCAAAUGGUCGGAGCUCUUUCGAUGCUUUCCAGUGAAGUGUCUGUCCUGAUUCUCACCAUUAUAACCAUAGACCGACUAAUAUGCAUCGUCUUCCCGUUCAAGUUUAAGCGCCUUACUUACAAAACCGCCCUCCUUUCCUGCAUGGGUGUAUGGAUAUUUGGCAUAAUCAUAUCUGUGAUUCCUAUCACCGGAAUAAAUUACUUUUAUGAUGAAAGCGGAGAUUUCGGCUUCUAUAGUCGCUCUGCUGUUUGCCUUCCUCUUCAGCUUUCAGAGGGUACACCUGCUGGUUGGGAAUACUCCGUGACAAUCUUUGUUUGCCUCAACUUCAUUUCCUUCACAUUUAUCCUCGUCGCGUAUACGGCGAUGUUUUGGACGGUAAAGCGGGCUGCACGUGCAGCGCGAUCGACGAAUUUCAAAAAAGAAUCUGCGAUGGCCAAGAGACUUGUUUUCAUCGUGAUGACAGACUUCUGCUGUUGGAUGCCAAUCAUUAUAAUCAAUGUUUUAUCUCUGACUGGAAAUUUUGAGGAUCCAAACAAAAUCGCUUACGUAUGGAUUGCAGUAUUUGUUCUUCCGUUGAACUCUUCCCUGAAUCCAAUCCUGUAUACAUUUUCCACCCAGCGAACAAAACGUAGCUUAACCAAAAGAAGAAAAAAUGUAACCGGUAUGGUCAUGAAGACAUUAAACUACCGUAUGCCAGGUAAGUAAUGACAAUUAUCGGUAAAAGAAAUCCCUAUGUAAUUUAACCUUAGGUUGUUCCAGUCACCGAAAUGGUGCAGUUGAGCUGAAUCUAUCAUCACCUAUUAUCCCUCUCUCGGUUACUAAGAAAAGCCAGCCAGUUGAGUGGUAAUGCGCAAUCUUGUCGUUUCCAAAACUUUGGUGUCAGACAGAUUGUAAAAAAAGAAAACGUACAGGUAUGGUAAAUAGUGUAGGUCUGAACCUCAGACUUCUUAGUUGCCUAAGGUUUAUAUCUAAUCUCAGGUCGGAAGCAAACAGUCGAUUGGUUGAAAACAUCAGAUGAUGCGACUUUGGUUUCCAGUGUCAUCGCCUAUUCCAGUCCACUGCCAUCACAAAUGACAGAAAAACAUGAAGAGACCAUUGUAAACAUACCGUGCACGCUAAACUAA